AUGGACGGAUGGGAUCAGCCAUCGAGCGCUGGCUCCGGAUACGGCCAGCAGUAUCAGCAGUCCUAUAACAACGGCAAUGGCAAUGGCGCAUACGGCAGCGGCGGUGGUGCAGGAGGAGGCUAUGGUGCGCGAGACCAGGGUUGGGCACCUCGUCGUGGAGGCCGAGGCGGCCGUCAAUCUGGCGGCGGCGGCGGUGGCGGUGGAUACUAUCAAGGCGCUCGUGGUGGCGGUGGAGGAGGAGGAUACCAGCAGCAGCAGCCAUCCGUAGAACAGCGCGAAGAGAACCGGAUCCGAUACAUUCGUUCGCAACUCUUCAAGCUCGGCGAGGAGAAGGACUUUCAUCCUCCUUCUGACCUUCUCAAGAUGGCACGCUGGAUCGAAGACAAGGCGACAGAUGGCAUCGAGCCCAUCACGGGUGCCUUCAGGGUCAUGGUCACCGAGCAACCUCACAAGACUCCCCUCAUCGCCGCAUUGAUCGGCUUCCUCUGCCUCUCGCAACAGUCCAAGCCCGCCGCUCCUCCCCCGCGAAACCCGGACGACGCUGACCUCGACGCCGAUCAAGACCAAGAGAUGGCAGCUGCACCAAGUUCCGAUCCCGACUCGCUGGGCAUCACCAUCGUCAAGGACCUCGUCAAGGCCUUCCGCAGCUACCUCGACGCGCGCCUCUGGAGGAACACGCGUCUGAGCCUGCACCUCUUUGCCGCGCUAGUCCCGCUUCACAUCAUCCCUGCUCAUUCGCUGCGUACGCUGUUGGCCUCAUUUGCGGCCGUGCUGGAGGAGCCGGCGGUAGCAGCAGCAAGGGCGGAUCGAGCCGCUAUGUGCAUCAUCGAAACCCUCUGCCGCGCCGGUCAGGACCUCUUGAGCGACAGCGAAGGGGCGCGCGCCGAGCUCGACGACCUGAUCCAAAAAGUGGUCACUUACGAUGCAGCACGCAAGGUCGAAGUGGAGCUCACUGAGCCUGUGCACGACCUUGAAGCCAUCUGGCUCGAAGGCUUCUCGGAUGCCGUCAAGGCGUUGGAGGAGCUCAGGGCGAGAGACUACAGAAGACCCAUCUUCUUGCCCGUGCCUUCGGACCUCCUUCCCGCCGCCAUCUCGCCCGCUGCAACGCAAGUGCCCGAGGGGAAGCGCAUCGUGUCCCUGCCAGACGUGCUCGUUCCGCCUGAGGAGGACGCGGAGGACCAGGGUCUGGACGUGGCGUACGCCCAGCUCGGCGAGCACCAGGUCAAGCGACGCAAGAUCGACACGGGCAAGGGCGAGCUGGAAGAAAAGAAGGCGGCUGUCGGACCCGAGCGUGUCAGUCUGCAACCACGAUGGUUUUCCAACACGCUGCCGAAGGUGGCCUCUCCCGCAUCGGUGGUGCUGCGCGCCGUGCUGGCCGACAUGAUCGACCUAUACGAGGUCAAUCGCAAGGAGGCGGCCAAGCUCAUCCUCGAUCUGCCCAACUGGGUGCGUCGCGGCACCUUCUCUUCCAAGAACUCGCCCGAGGCCGGUCUAUUCGGCGAGAUGGACGACCCCCAGCAUCCGGACGAGAGCGGAUACUCGCUCGACGACCUGCUGGUGGAGACCAUCCUCUCCACCGCCUUUGUUCUCCCCGCUCCGCCGCGCAACCCGCUCUACUACACCGGCCUGCUGCGCGAGAUCGUCACCCUCACCCCUGGCACCGUCGCCCCCUCACUCGGUCGGACCAUCCGCACCUUCUACAACGCCCUCUCCUCGCCCACCAACAUCGACGUCGAGACAGUCCACCGCUUUGCCGACUGGUUCGCCAUCCACCUGUCCAACUUCAACUUUGGAUGGGCGUGGAAGGAGUGGAUUCCGGACACGUCGCUGCCUGCUACGCACCCGAAGGUGGUGUUUAUGCGUCGGAUCGUGGAGCUCGAGAUCCGACUGGCGUACUUUGAGCGGGUGCAGCAGACCUUGCCUGCCGAGAUCCAGGCGUUGGCUCUACCCAAACAGGAGCCGGGGGCGACGUUUACCUAUGCCGACGAGGCGCAUCCGUACGCGGCGCAGGCGGGUCGAUUGAUCAACUCGAUCAAAGCUAAAGCUUCUGCCGAGGUCAUCCUUGCUGAUUUCGAGACGUUUAAGUCCUCGAUCAUCGAGACUACCACCUCCCUUCCUACAGAGACCUCUGCAGGCAUGGUACCCAACGCAACCCAAGCCGAUGUGGUAGUGCGCGAUCUGACCAUCCAAUGCAUCCUCUCGGUCGGCAGCCGUUCGUUCUCGCACUUUCUCAACAUUGUUGAGCGCUACCAUGCGUUGCUCCGUCAAUUGUCGCGCAGUGGUCGCAUGCGCGCAGCGAUCCUAGCGGGAGCGGUGAGGUUCUGGAACGCCAGUCAGCAGUGGGUGCACAUCGUGGUGGAUAAGCUGUUGCAGUAUCGCAUUGUGGAGCCGGCGGAUGUGGUGGAGUUCAUCUUUAGUCCGCCGGUGGAUGAGCCGGGGGCGAUUCGGACCGGUGGAGAGAGGGAGGGUUGGGCGGGGUUCAACACGUGGACGCUGCUGCGUUUGACUCUUGAAAAAGUGAAUGGGCGGGUGGAUCAGCUGCAGAAGCGACUCGAGGAGAUUCAGCGGAAGGAAGGCGAGGAAGCCGAACGAAAAGAGGCCGCCGCCGCCGCAGGGUUGCCGUUUAGCGAUGAACCCGAAGCAGCUCCGGAAAAAGCUGAACCGCUCUUUCCCACCAGCGCAACCCUCCCCAUCCGACCCGAGGAAAAGUCCGCCGAACCAUCCUCCACCGAAGCCCUGGCAAACCUCGACGCGAUCAAGAGCGAACAGCGCAAAGUGCUCAUCCUCUCCGUCACCGGGUUCAAGAAUCUCCUCCUCUCCGCCGACGGCAGUCAGGACGAGUGGACGCAAUGGUGGAUCAGCUCGUGGUACAAGCAGUUUGUGCGCUGCUUUAACCGGCAACUGCUGCAGAACCGACAGACGCUCCUGACGAAUUGUUUCGGAGAGACGGAUGGUGAGACGGGAGAGAGGACGAGGGAGUGGUUGGAGCGCGCGAUCGACGUGCUUUCCGAGUGA